AUGGAGGUGGAGGAUGAAAGUGGGACAGAGGAUAAGGACAAAGACUUGCUGAGUAGUUCGGGGCGUCACCACAUGCUGCCUCUGCUCUCGUCCUUGUCCUCUCUGGUGCUGUACCUUCGACGGCUGCAGCACUCAGCCUUCCUGUCCCUGUCUCGGCAGCUGCAGUCAGCCGAGGCCUGGCGCCUUCUCUGCCACUCCAGCUUGGCUCUCCUAAUCCUGUACAACCGGCGACGUGAGUGUGAGGUCUCCAAGCUGUCCAUUGCUGAAUAUCGGGCCCGUGUCACUCCCCAGUGUCCUGUUCCUGUCCCACCUGGCGCCCCUCCAGCUCUCACCCCACUGGAGGCAUCUCUGUCCCCCUUUGAGCGCCUGGUGCUUCCUCAUCUCCCUAGAGUUGGGGUCCAGGGUAAGCGUGGACGCGUCCAGCCCCUCAUCCUCCCCCCUCACUGUGAGCCAUGCCUGGAGCUCCUCCUGCAGACACGGCAGGAUGUAGGAGUUGACCCCGCAAACCCAUAUGUCUUCGCCAGGCCCUACCACUCCCCUGCCACACCACUGCGAGGCACUGAUCUCCUCCGGAGCCUGGCCCGCUCCAGUGGUACCCGCAAUCCCCGUGCCCUGACCCAGACCAGGGUACGGCGCCAGGUAGCAAUUCUAACCCAGCUGCUGCUUCUGGGAGAAGGAGAGGAACCUGGGCAGCCAGGAGGCAGCGCUGUGGAGAGGCUGGAGCACUUCCUUGAAAGGGAGUACCAUGUGACACAGAACUGUGCUGGAAUUGGCCAAGACCCAGGCCUGAUGGGCAGAGUGGGCCGAGUCGUGCUUUGUGGAGAGAGGGAUGGAGUGCUGUUCAGAGGAAUGAGCCUGAACCACAUCUGCCUGGAACUGGAUGUUAUGUCAGGAAACUCUGCAGACUCAUACUCAGAAGGAGAGUCUGAAGGGGAGCAGGUGAAGGAGAAGCCAGAGGUGCCCGCUCUUGCUCCUGCUCCUGCUCCGAACCCUACACCUACCCUGCUGUAUGUCAGGAAGGGCAAGAACAACGGGCGGGUGGGACGACCAAAGAAGCUCAAAAACACCCAGCCACCCCCUCUGCCUCCUCCACCUCCACCCGCAAACCGCAGGAGAGGCUCAGGUCAGCCCAAAUCAGGAAAGCGAGGCGUUCUGAAGCGACCCUGGUCGGAGGCGGAGCGUGCAGCAGUCGAGGAGCACCUAACCCGAAACAUCACAGAGCUCCGAGUCCCUGCCAAAGCUGACUGUGAGCGCUGCCUGCAGCAGUGUCCCCUGCUGGUCAGCAACCAUCGCGACUGGCGAGCCAUCAAGUUCUACUGCCACAACCGCAUUCAGCUGUUGAAGAAAAACCAGCGGCGUGAAAACGAACCACAGCCCCUCACUGUCUGUUGA